AACAAACACACUUCUCUAUUUUUAUGCACCUUCCACACUCAUUCAUUUCUCUCUAUAUACACCUCUAAAUCUAAUAUCUCAACCCCCCUAAGCUUAGAAGAAAAAAUACAUAUCAACAUGGAAAAUGAUGCUAGUGAAAACAUCUUUAGCACAUCCUCAUCCUCCUCAACAUCAUCAACACCAACAUCACCAACAUCUUCUAUCUCAAAUUCAUGCACCAAUCAAAAUCAAGACACUAAAAAUAGUCCUCAAAAUGAAACAAAGUGCAAGAAAAGAGAGAGAAGUGAAAAAGACACAAAACACCCUACAUAUAGAGGAGUAAGAAUGAGAGCAUGGGGAAAAUGGGUUAGUGAAAUACGUGAGCCAAGAAAAAAGUCAAGAAUAUGGCUUGGGACAUACCCUACAGCUGAAAUGGCAGCUAGAGCUCAUGAUGUAGCUGCUUUAGCUAUAAAGGGUCAUUCAGCUUAUCUCAAUUUCCCAAAUUUGGCUCAAAAUCUUCCAAGGCCUUCAACUACAUCACCUAAAGACAUUCAAAUUGCAGCUGCAAAAGCAGCAUCAACUGUUUUUGUGGAAGUUAAGGAUUGUUGUCAAGGUGAAAAUGAUCAACAUGUGCAAAAUCAUGAAGAUCAAGGUUCUUUUUCAAGUGUGUCUUCCAUUGACAAUGUUCAAGAGUCUAAUUCAAGUUCUCCGAAUUCUACUACUACUAGUACUACUACUGCUAUGAAUGAUGAUAUUGAUGACACGCUCUUUGAUUUGCCGGAUCUUUUUCUUGAUGGAAAAAAUGGACUUCUUUCUUUUUCUUCUUCUUGGCAUUUAUGUAGUGUUGAUAGUGGACUUCGGCUCGAGGAGCAAUUUUCGUCGUCUUGGGAGUACUACUAGCGUCAUCGUCGGCCACUAUCUGGAAUGCGACAUCAAGAAUUUUGUCAUUGUAGGCUACAACUCGACCUCAAAUUAAUUUGCAUCAUAUGCAUUUGACCCUAAUCGUUCAUAGAAUUAUGUUAGCAACAUAUUCUUUAUUACCACAAUCUUUCAACACAUAAUUUCUGAUUGGUUGAAAUUCAAAUGCAUUCUACUAAAUUUAUGUGGGGCAUAUAUAAUUUAGUGAGAUUCAAUUGAAUUUCAACCGAUUAAAAAAUGUGUGUUAAAAAAUUGUGUAUGUUAAACAAUGUGUUGAUUGCAAUGAGACCAAAAGUGUGAUUUAAAACUUUGCUAGCUAUAGCUAUUGUUUCACAUUUGGAAAAAUAAAAUGAGAAAUAAGCAACAAAAAAAAGGAAAUAAAAUUGAGAGUUAAAUUUGUCUUCUAUGUAAUCACUGCUAUGUAUCUCUAAAUGGUUGUUGUGUAUAGCUAGCUAUUUGCCUAAUUUAGUUUAGUAAUGUUUAGACUAAAUUAGAUAUAGCCAAAAAAGAUUACUAAAAUGUAUGGCAUUGUACAAAAUAAUAAAGAAGCAUCUUUUAUGAA